AUGGUUCAUACACGGUUUUCGUCUGCAUCUCCUGCAUCUCAAACAAAUAUUCCAAAUUCUAAAUCAAUUAUGAAAUCUGCAGUUGCUUCUGGUAUGAAUUUCCUAAUUCAUCCGGAUAAUCGCUGUUCUUCAAAAAUUGCUUCCACAAUCAAAUAUUCUUUGAUUCAAGCUAUCCUUGAGAAGCUUUCAACAAAGCAAGUUAGUGAUUUUGGUGAUUCUUGUUUUGGCCAUUUCCUAACUCUGCCAGAGUUCACAAUGCAACAUCAGCUUAUCCACAAUCUAUUGCUAAGAGAGUUGCAACAACCCAACAAACUUGAGAUUUGGGUUGGUAUAAAUGGCAUGAAGCUUCGAUUUGGGAUAAGGGAGUUUGCAUUGGUCACCGGAUUACGGUGUGUGGGCUCCACAGAUAAAAUCAAAUAUGUUUCAAAGGAUAAUGGUCUUUAUUCUACAUAUUUCAAGGAUCAUUCGAAGAUCAAUAAGAAACUUCUUAAAGAAUUCUUUGAUGGGAAAAAAUGGAAAAAUUAUGAGGAUGCUUUGAAGAUUACAUUGAUGCAUUUUUUGCACAAUUUCUUGCUUAGUUCUUCUGAAACUAAUAUCGUCCCCAAAGAAGACUUUAAUAUUAUUGAUAGUGGUGAUUUUUCUGAAUUUCCUUGGGGAUCCAUCCCACGUAUUCUCAAAUGGUCAAGCAACAUUCAACCUACAUUUGCAGAAGUGACCGAGUUGUUAUCUUUGAAUGUUACUGAGUUGAAAUUGAGGAAUAUAUAUCCUACUUCCAAGGAGAGAAAAAAUUCAGAAAUAAACAGUUUGUUUCCAAAAGGAAAGGAAGCUAUUGAGGAUGAAAUCGGUGUUGCUGAUAAUGUUAGAGUUGCUCAAGGACAUAGAGCAACUAAUUCUAGAGUUGCUGCAUUAGGAGAUGAUGACUUUGUGGAGACUCCACCUCGGCCUAUUGCUAGUGGUUCUUCACCUUCUUUGCCUGCUAUUCAUCCUCACUCUGAUGCAAGUGGUUGUUCAUCUCCUAUGCCUGAGAUGCCUCAUGUUUCGCUAAGUAGCAUGCAUGCACAGUUGCUAGCUUUAGAGGCAUGCAACAAGAGAUUAGAAGAAAGCAACACAAGAUUAGAAGCAAGCAACAAGAAAUUAGAAGAGAGCCACAAGAUUGUUAUUAAUGAGUUGUCUUCAUUGAAGAGGAAACAGGAUUCUCAUGAUAUUGAGGAGGAGGACAAUACCAACAUUGUUGAUGAUGAAAUGGUUGAAAAUAAUUCGAAAGAAGAAGAUGAAAAAGAGGAGGAUGAGUCUGAAGAAGAAGAAGAAGUGCAUCAAUCUGAAGAAGAUAACGAUGAAAGUGAUGAUGAUGAUGAUGAUGAUGACAAUGCAAAGUGUUUUGGAGAAGACAAUGAUGAUGAAGAAGAAGAGAAAGAUGAUAAUCAUGAAAAAAACAAUGGAGGAAACAAGGAUGAGGAUUCUAAGGUUGAUGAUUCUCAUGGUUCUUGUCAAGUUCCAUCUGAAGUUGCCCAGGUUGAUGAAGUUGCUAGUCAUGUUGCUGGUGAGGUUGUUGAUUUUCAAGUUGCUAAAGAUCCAGAAGUUGCUGGAGUUGCAACUGAGGUUGCAGAGGCAGUUGCUGAAGAUCCAAAAGUCUCUUUUUUGGAUUCUUUAUUAGACAUUGAAUUGGAUAAGGCUAUAGAAAAUGCAUAUAAAGCUGUAGAUGCGAUGAAGGCAACUGGGGUAACUUCUAUUCCUUGCACAACUAUUGUCCCUUAUGUUGGUAGUAGUGAGAGUAACUUGGGAUAUGUUACUCUUGCUCUACCAAAAAGGACAAUUAAGCUUCCACCAUGCCUGCAGUCACCUUUUUUGCAAACUUUUUGUUCUUCUUCUCGGGAAAGUAGUGUGAUUAAAUCAACUGGAGGAAUCAAGGUUGUCAAAGGACUUUGCCCAUUAGAUGACAAAAUUGGUGAAUUGCCUGACUUUGUCGCUGUUCAAGAAUUCUAUGUGUGGCUUGAUAAAGGAAUGAAAAGUAAUAACAAAUUGAGAUUGUACUCGAAAGAAGACAACCUUAUCAUUCCUGGGUUGCAACUUGGGCAUGUUGAUGUAGUCUUUUAUUAUUUGAGGAAGAAAGGUAUGUAUCAUGACUCUACUGUUUUGAAGUUCACUACAACUGAUACUACCUUUCAAAAGAGGAUUGAAGCCAUUUAUGAUUCUUUUUUAAAGAAGAAUCGCGAUCAUGGGGUAAUGAAUCGUAACCAUGUUGUUGCUGAGGUUAUGAUGGGCUUUGGAUUGAGUUGCAACAAAUCUUGGCUACAAGUAGAUCAUGUUCUUUUUCCUAGUUUAGUUAAGAAUGAAAAGCAUUGGCUUCUUGCUAUAUUAUCUUUCAAAGAUAGGUUGAUUCAUGUUUACAAUACUUUGACCUGUGAUCGUAAGGAUCAUGUUGCCUUGCUAGCUAUAGAACCAUUUCGUGUGUUGCUGCCAACUUAUUUGUCUAUCAUUGGAUUUUAUAAGCGAAUUGAUAUAGACUUCUGUUCAAAGCCUUAUUUUGGGAGACCUCAAGCUGGUUCUUUUGAAGUAGUUAUGGAUGAUGACAUUCCUUCUGGGUCGCUUAUAGACAGUGCAAUAUAUAUGUUCUCUUUUGCUGAAUAUUUCAUUGCCGGAAAAGAGAUUCCAAGAUGUAAUUUUGAUGUUGAAUGCCAUAGGUCUAGGCUUGCUUAUUUACUAUACUCAUAUGCAAUGGGAAAACAAGAAUGUGGAUAUGAGAGUACACGAGAGUAUGCUUUGUCGUGA